AUGUCUGGACUCUCGCCCUGCGGCCGCGGCCGCUCUACAAUUGCCCGCUCCAGCUGCGCGGCCUUAGCUGAAGUCAGCAUGCCACGUGGUGUCUUCCAUGCAUUGAGAGAAACUCUCCCAUCCACUUCCCUUACUCUUCUCUUCCAGGAGAUACAGCACACAGAAGAAUUUUUCAUCAAACCUGAAUCCCGAGUGGCUCAGCUGGACACGUCUCAGUGGCCCUUGCUGCUGAAGAACUUUGACAAGCUAAAUGUGAGGACGACUCACUACACACCUCUCCCCUCUGGCUGCAAUCCCCUGAAGAGAGACAUUGCUGAAUAUGUUAGGACAGGUUUCAUUAAUCUUGACAAGCCAUCCAACCCUUCCUCCCAUGAGGUGGUUGCCUGGAUCCGACGCAUCCUCCGGGUUGAGAAGACAGGGCACAGUGGGACCCUUGACCCCAAGGUGACGGGGUGUCUGAUUGUGUGCAUCGAGCGAGCUACACGGCUGGUUAAGUCGCAACAGAGUGCAGGCAAAGAGUAUGUGGGAAUUGUUCGGCUGCACAAUGCUAUUGAAAGCGAGAUUCAGCUUUCCAGGGCAAUAGAAACUCUGACCGGUGCCCUGUUUCAGCGACCUCCCCUCAUUGCAGCCGUUAAGAGGCAGCUGAGAGUCCGAACCAUCUACGAGAGCAAGCUGGUAGAAUAUGACCCCGAGAGGAGAUUAGGCAUCUUCUGGGUGAGUUGUGAAGCUGGCACCUACAUCCGGACGCUGUGUGUCCACCUGGGCCUGCUGCUGGGGGUUGGAGGCCAGAUGCAAGAGCUCCGGCGGGUGCGCUCAGGGAUCAUGGGAGAGAAGGAUCACAUGGUGACGAUGCACGACGUGCUGGAUGCCCAGUGGCAGUAUGACAACAACAAGGAUGAGAGUUACCUGAGGAGGGUCAUCUUCCCCCUGGAGAAGCUGCUGACUUCACACAAACGGCUGGUUAUGAAGGACAGUGCGGUUAAUGCCAUCUGCUAUGGUGCCAAGAUCAUGCUCCCUGGUGUUCUGCGGUAUGAAGAUGGCAUUGAGAUCAAUCAGGAGAUUGUCGUCAUCACCACUAAAGGAGAGGCCAUCUGCAUGGCCGUUGCCUUGAUGACCACCGCAGUGAUUUCCACCUGUGACCAUGGCAUCGUGGCAAAGAUCAAGAGGGUGAUCAUGGAAAGAGACACUUACCCCCGCAAGUGGGGUCUUGGUCCCAAGGUUGUGGACUACAGCGCUGCUGUAAAGAAAGAGACCGAAGCCCCAGCAGCAGUGGCCGAGAGGGCACCAAAAAGGAAGCGAGAGAUGGAGAGUGAGAGCGAAGAGGCAGCAGUGGCUCCGUCCCCCACGCAAUCAGAGGAGCAGAGCAGGAAGGAGAAGAAGAAGAAGAAGAAAGAGAAGAAGGCCAAAGAAGCUGCCGCUGGGAGUGGAGAGGAGCUAAUGGAAGUGGCCAGUGACACCAAGAAGAAGAAGAAAAAGAAGAAACAGAAGGAAGCUGAGGAGAGCUCCGAGUAA